AUGGUCAACUUGGAAUUUGCCAGCUCCUAUCGGCUACUGAAGCCCGAGUAUCAAACUGCUGAAAGCUCCGGUUCAAAUGCCUCGGUAUCCGCUUUAUGGUGCUGGCGGAUAGACAAGUUAAGCUACUAUGGGGUUCUGCGCAUUGAGCGAGCAGUUAGUUCCGGUCUUUGUUCGCUCGAGGUCUUUCUGAUGGCUGUGCUCAGCCUAAUCAAGAAACAAGUGGAAAAAGGGCUUGUUACAGUGAAUCAAAAAAGGAAGAGUGCGCAGUUAGAAGGACAACUAAUUGAGUCUUGCUUGGGUCUCCCACGUAUGGGUGGCAGGCUACGAACCUUCUCGAAGGCUUACAGAAGAUAUAAAGAGAACCACGCACAGAAAGAGCCGCUAGAGAAUAGGGUGUGGGGGAAUGCGCUCUUUGAAAGAAUAGGCUCUGGGACUCCCUCAAAGGGAAUGAUGGGACAAAGAUACUACCAGACCAGGAGAAAGGAGAGAGAGAUAUUGAAUUAA